UCUGUCAGGGGAGGUGAGGCUGGGAUGAACCUGAGAGAAUCUUAAAUGUGAAUUGAAAGAGUAAAAGAAGGCUUUGUGGCCUGAUAUGUACAUCUUAAAAUAAUUCAAGGAUGGCAUUUUGACCAGACGUUGAAGUUAAUUAGAUAUAUUUUUUUCUAAAAUACUUAUCUAUUAAUAUUGUAGAAGCCAUGUCAGUUCAUUUUGAUGAAAGAAGUGGGACUGUUCGCUGCAAGACCCCAUGGGGUGAAUGGUAUCAGACCAUGGAAGAAGUUUUCAUUGAUGUCCAUGUUCCAGUUGGAACAUCUGCAAAAGAAAUCAAAUGUAGUCUGGGGAGUAAAGAUAUAGCAUUGUCUGUUAAGGGACUAGAGAUAUUGAAGGGGAAGCUCUUUGAUUCUACUGUCUCUGAUGAAGGAACGUGGACACUAGAGGAUAAGAAACAAAUCAGUAUAGUUCUAAGGAAAAGUAACCGAGAAGCUGGGAACUGCUGGUCUUCAUUGCUGGAAGGGCAGUAUCGUGCUGACCCCCUGCUGCAAGAUGAAAUGCAGAAGAAACUUACACUAGAGAGGUUCCAAAGGGAGCAUCCUGGCUUUGACUUUAGUGGAGCUGACAUUUCUGGAAACUAUGGUGGUGGCGGUCCAGAUUUCUCAAAUUUGGGAAAGUGAAGACAAUUCAAAGACGCAAUUGUCUAAUACUAGACUUUGAGAAGAAAAGUGCAGAAUACAAGCUGUUGAAAAUGCCUCUGAAGAACUCAGUGACCCAAAACUUGCUGGGAAAAUAAAGAUGAAUUGGCAGAGCACACUGUUAUUAGUUGUAACCAACCCAGGAAUUUGCAUUUUUGAGGAAAAAAUACACCGUGAGUUGUGAAUCAUUGCAAAUUGCUGGACGAUUUGAAAUACACCACCAUUGACCUUGCAAAACAGAUCUUGCUGUUACUGACCCUGUGAUUUUCGAGGAGUUGCUGAAUUUACAUCAUUAAUAUAAUGAAACAAGUCGGUUAAAGUUAGGACAGCUAUUGCAUAUUGUAAGCACACUUUAAAUGGAGUGACUAAUAGUCUUGACAUGCCACUCAACUUUGGAAACUCAGAAAGAGAACAAUUAAAACUGGACUUUCUGGAGGCUUUUCAA